AAAAUGUUUAGUCUGGCAGUUGAGGUUAAUUCUCUGUAAGAUUCUAUCCGGUGAUCUGCCUCUUCUGGUGAAGUAAAUCAAGUGUUGGGUUAUGGAUGCUUAAGCACCACAACAUUACAUGUAAUUGUUACAUUUUCUAUGGUUGAUAAGCGGGAUGUUUUGCUGCAAACGAAUCAUUCAAAAUAAGCGAUCGAAUUGACAGGUUUUAAGUGUCACGGGAACCAAAUGAAUUCGAAUAUUUUAAAUCGAGCUCCAAAUCAUCUGUUUACGCGGCAACGCAGCAUCAGGCGGUUUGACAGGGAAGCCAUUUUGUUUGGUUUUACUGAAAAGUUAGAGUCUGUGAAAUUUGCCAACUUUCCAUCAAACUGAGAGCGUUUGCAACAAGUUUAAAUUAAUUGAAGUGUUAAAUGAAACUAUCGGUUUGCUUUAGACACGUGCAGAUUUAAUAAAAUGGACGCCGAUGCGAUUGACUUAACUGUGCCCCUGGAGGAAAUAUUGAAGGAAGCGAAUUGGCCAGCAAAAGUCUUGAACGAGGAAUUUUCUCUAUUGGCUGAAAAUGGGACGGGAUGUGAGAAAGACCCAGACAACAAGAACGUCUUGGAAAAGUUGUUGAACAGUUACGACGACAUUCCUACAAAAACUGAACUAAUCAGUGCUGAAACUGAGCUCGGAUUCAAAAAGCAACAACCGCCAGUUAUAGACACUAUAUUAAUUUCUGACGAUGAUGAAGCGGACGAAGUUAACAACGGUGAAAGUGCAAGUGUUACAGAAGUGGAAGUGGAAGAAGUUAGUGAUUACAGCAAUGGUUGCUCCAGGGGUUCAUCCAGUCAGGGUGAAUUUGGUACUUUUGAAGUAACCAGCAGUGGUAAAAUCAGUAGCGAAAGUGUUAAUACGUCUGAGAGUAGCUGGGCUUCGUCGCAGUCCAAAAAGCAAGGAAACACUGGCACUAAUCCACAACAGCAUGCGCACUUAAUAUUCAAAGGAAAGGUUAUUCCAUUGCCGAUUGCAGAAUGUUCUGCCACGACUGAUCAUUGGGACGAACCGGACCAAUCACGUGGGCUUUGCGAAGGAAAUCCCUCUGAAUCAUGUGACAGUGACUUAAAAGAUUGCUUGAGGCCUGAUCCAGUACGUGGCAAUGCCAAAAAUAAUCCUCUUUGCGGAGGUUCGGUGAUGAAUGGAUCUGAUGUUGAAGAUGCUUUCGUUUUGUCACGUUUUCAAAUUCCUGAUGAUAACGACCCGUUGAGGCUUAAUGGGAUAGACUGUAGUGAUUUAAAAACGUUUUCUGAAGAGUCGGCGACUAGUUGCUCUUCUUCUUCUAAUGCUCCAAAAGAACUGCUUUGUGAAGACUCUUCGCGGGCGAAAUCGGAAUGUGAUAAUGUGUCAAAGAUAAUCUAUGAAAACUCUCAGGACAGUGACUCAGAAGCUGGUCCUCCUGAGAAAUCAUUGAAAACUCGAAAUGUGUCGAUAGGUGGCAAUGUUUUACAUAUGCCAAUUUCCAAAGUUACUUCGAUAGCGGACUUGAUAUGUGAUGAAACGUUGGCAAUUCCAGAUGGCGAGUACGAAUUGACGCCCGAUCCUUUAUAUCAGUUACCUUCAAGGCCUGCGAAGCAUUGCUUUGAGAAGUCAGAUGAUAUUGAUGCAUCAGCCGGUGUCAAGACAAUGCCAGAAAACAAAGAGACCAUCGAAAGCGAAGAAGUUGCCAAGGCUGUAGAAGCAGAAGAGAAUUCUGUACUGAACAGAUGUGAUCCGCUUGCUAGUCGGGGGUUGACUGUAGAUUUACACGAACACCAAUGUGCCAAAGAGAAGACAAAACGUUACCAGGAAGAAGUGUCUAGUGCACGAUCUCCAACAGAUAAAAGUACCAAAACUUCAGAUUUUCAAUCUAAUAUGCAAACCGCGAUGCCGCUAAGGGCAGACAAGGAGGAACCGAUGGUUGGUUCUGCAGGACAAACAAGCGAGGACGAAACAGAAAUGCCAGCUGCCAAUCCGGAAGAAAUUCGGAAACGUUUGAAACUGCAGUUGUCGAAUCUAAGAGGGCGUAAAAAAAUGAACAUUUUUCAACAUGUGCAGCAAACGGUAAACAACAACCAACUCUCAGCAAGUUCAACGUGUCGCGGCAAGGGCUCUAACGAUUCCAGCCAAUCAUCUAAGGUUACUGAAGAUACCCCCAGCUUAGACUUAUUGAAAAAACGUAGAUCAUGGCCAGUUGAUCAGGAACCCGACUGCGGCUCGACAUCUGAAAGUGCUCAAGCUCUAGAUUGCCGUGAAGAUGAAGAUGUGCCUAAUGUUUUUAAUGAGAUCAGGAAAAUUAUUAGGAAACCUAAACCGUCGCCUGCAGCAACAGUGUUAAUAAAAGUACGAGAGGUGACGGCAAUUAAUGAAGGAUUUGUAGACGCGGAAAAGCCUCCAGAAGCCGUCAAACCGCAACAAUCUGCUGUACAAGAUGGCAUUAAAUCUGAAGAGUGUUCAAACGAUGUAGUCAGCUCGCCGUUUAUAAGCAACAGUUUGGACGAGUUUUUGAUUGAUGCCAAACUGAAUGUGAGCUACACGAUUCCGAAGUCGGGCGCCGAAGAAGGGCUCAUACAAGACUAUUCAACGGUUGAUCCACUAAUGACGCCUGAGGUCAAAGUGAAAGAAGAGCGCAUUCAGAAACCUAAGAAGAAAACCCAUUACAAAGCGAAGACGUUGGCCGAGAAAAGGAAAAUUCUUGAAAAGCUUAGAUCGCAGGAAGAGAGGCGCUUGCGGAAGCAGAAGAAGAAAAUGGACCUGGAAAAUAAGAGUUACGUGUGGUUCAAAAACAAAAAACUAUUUGUUAAAAGCAAGUUAAAAGGGAAAUGCCUAGCUUCGAUCAAUUCGACCAUAAAAUGUGACGUUCCUGAUUUGGCCUCGCCCAAGAAGCUCUCAUUGUUAACAGAGCUGAAUCGUCACAAGUCGUCUGUGGAAUACAGGGCAGGCCCACUGAGCAAAAAGCACCUGCUGCAGUCCAACUGCCCAGGCGAUUGGAGCAGUGAGUUAAGAAACCUUCCGAAAGUGGUCUUGCACGUAAGGCCGGCGUUUGGAAAGCGCGUUCCUGAGCACAUCUUGCCGCAGAUUGUUAGAACAUGGGAUGGUUCGUUAAACGCCGACCAAGUGGAGUUUGCCUUAGCAGCUCUGUCUGAGCAAAGGGAAAAUACUCAGCGGACUUUUCAGUUCCAUCUCAGCUAUGAAAACGACCAAGAGAAGAUGUUAGUUCAAAAGAAGAUGGAUGAAGCGCCCCUUGUCCUUUGCAGUACUGACCAAUCGAGCCCUAGUGAUGGCGUCAGUGAAGUGGCUGGAGUAGUGGACGAUCUGAUAAGGUACGUAGAAGUUAAGGAAAUGGCUGGCGACUUAAUAAAGGAGCCUGAAGAUGGCGGGGAGGGCGCCAAGGUGGAGUCUCCCAAGGAAAUUGAGUGGGACGCCAUGAAGAGCCCGAUCAAGGCCAAGAAAAGGAAAAAUAACUACGUUGGCACCAAAAGAGAGCUACUGAGACUGAAUUGCAAGCUGGUCACUAUGGAGGCAAACGUAUCGGCCGAACCGUCCAAAGUCUGCACUAAGAGCCACUGCCAGCUGGGCUGUGUUUGCGAGUCGCUGAGGUGCGAAACCAUCAUAGGCAUACAUUGUCGAAAGUUCGCAUGCAUGUUCUCGUGCGUAUGCCCACAAAGGCAGAACGCCAUCAUCAACAUAUCGGCCCCUACCAACCCAGACAGCGCCUACUUGUCUAGGGACGCAGUCAAUCGCAUUGAGGACGAGGCAAAGAAGCAUCUGGCGAGAGAGGAGCGGGACUUUAUUCAAACGAUCAUUUACUCGAACGAUAGCGCCAUCGUGCUGGGGUCCGGCUACAAGUCAAGACGAGUCACAAGAGCGCCGAAGAAGUACACGGAUUUCUUCGAGGACCCGAUUGAAGCGAGACUGCCUGCCAUCGCGCCCUGCAGUGUGUCGAUCGAGAAUUUGAACCUGUCGGCUCUCAUCCCCUACUGCAUGGAGCACAGGGUGCAUGACUGUCGCUGCGGAGGUCAUGAUGUUCACUGCUUGAGGCGAGAGGCGCGAUUGGCACAUAGUUCGACAAUGCGAAAACGGCACUGUAAAAACAGCUUGGAGGACGACAGCCUGUUUAAGCCAGUCCACAGCAGGAAAGGUCGCCUCAAAGUGAAGAACGAGGUGACUGUGGAACCUCCAGCAAUCACGCAGCCAACUGCGGAAGUAGUUGACGGGCAAAGUAGUGCCCGGACGCGACCUUUUCCGCCAAAGUACCGACAGUUUCUAAUGGUCAACUCCGUCCAAGCCGCCUCGGGCGACUACAUCAACAGUGUUAGCGACAGCGAGAUCCUCUACCUGAAGCAAUGCCAGCGCGACUCUGCGCUGAGCGACAGCGAUUCGCUGAAAAUUAGGUUGGUCAAGGGGUUGGACAAGUCAGUUGCCCCAAUGGUCGCAGACCAGGAGCUUCCGCUGCCAAAGGAGGCUCGAGCGAAGCCCAAGAACAAGCGAAAACAGCAACUAGAGGUGCGAAGAGAUGUCGACGAACCGCCGCUGGACAGUUGCAACGAGUGGCUUGCGGUUCCCUCUAAGCGAGUAAAAGCGAUGAGCGAACCCCGGUCGGAUGACAUCACGGCAGCCUUUCCAGGGGAAAUCAUCGUUAAGGAUUCUACGUGGUUGAAGAGUGUUUGCAGUAGCGCGAAGGAGCCGUUGAAGAGCUACGCGCGCAUCCUGCCAUGGCCCGCGCUACUUGCAGGAUUCUUAGCGAGGUCCAUUAAUGUGUAUUUUAUUCGCGAAAUGCCGCUGCGUCUGGUGAUGAAUGUGGGAAAGGUACUAAACGGCAAGAACUAUUUUAACAUUGAAAGGUUUGGCUCGCAAAUUCUAGACACUCCGUUGAAGAGCAACCACGAUUGGCUGCUGAAGCAGUCGGACAAUGUGCGCGACAUCAUCAAGUGGCUCCUCUCAGGCACGUUGUCUGCAAGGUAUGCCCCAAGCACGCUUUCCUUCCUUUUAGUCGAGACAGUUCCCAAACAGUUUGAAGUUAGGGGUCUGUGCACGCAAAGCGCCAAGCCAAGCGCACUCGAUCUGGCCAAUCCGCUCUGCUCGGAGGAGAAAAGCGUUUCGGAUGAAAUCAGCGAAAUCAAGCACGAAGACAUGAACAACAAAAUAUCGUCCCUGUUCAUCACCAAGUGGAACUACCCGCUGAGGCGGCUGCAAUGCAGGGAGAGAAUCAACGAAAUGUGGGCGGCGCUGCCUGACGACAUCGACAUCAAAUGGCGCGUGGUCUUCCUGAAGAGGGAAUUUGCCUUUUUGAUGUUCAAGAAAAUCCGUUACUCGAUUAAGUACAGCGACUUGAUCAACCUCACUGACAUUGCCAAAGAGCAGCAGCUCACUGUUAUGGUGCGGAACGCGCAAAUUCGACGAAACCACCACCAGUCCCUCUUCGGACUCUAUGCAACUCCCAAAUAUGCGGACAGGAUAUUUAUUGGGCCUUACAGUAGCGAUUUCUCAGAAGUCGACAUCGACACGUUGAUAACGAUGAAUAAAAGCCUGAUCAGUUGCGAAGCGUUUUACACGGUGAAAGAUGGUAAAUACAGACGCGAGCUCUGGCUCUAUGACGGCAAGUCGAAUAGUGUAGGAAGAGAUCUCGAGCAAAACGCUGAGGCGUCGGCUCCCGAAGAUCUGGUAAGACCGAAGGAAACAGCGCCCGUUCCAAAUGCCGGUCAACAUAGGGUCGGCACGUCGUUGUCCAAAGAGGAGAAAAUUAUCACCCACAAUGGAGUUAAGGUGAUCAUCAAGAACUCCAGAGCCAGGACACCCUCAGAGUUCAACAGGUACAUCAUAACAAAUAUUCCCAAUUUUGGCUAUUUGGGGGCUUACCAACCGGAGGGAUCCUCGCUACUGGAGGUUUCAUGGCCUUUCGAAAGGAAGGUGCUGCAGUUUAACAGCGCUGACGAGGCUCGAGAUUUUCUUCAGGAGCGAUUUAAUCAGUUGUUACUGGCGGUUCCUGAAACCUUUAAAAUCCAAGUUAUCGUUCUGAUUAGUCUGGAUUUGAAUGAAUACCAGCCGAUUAAUUCAGACGUACUCAAUGGGCAUUCGAUAUGCGGCUACUUAGGCACUUACAACUUCCGAGGCUUGACAGAGAAAUUUUGUAGAGAAAAAUUGAAAGUUUCCAAACAAGAGAUAGUGGCAUUGUUUGAGAAAAGAGCGCACAACUUUAUAAAUAAAAAAGUUAAGGAUUUGGCAGAUGCGAUUGGAGUGGAGGCCAAUGACGACCAGUAUGACAUCGAGAGUAUUUUGCAACUUAGCAAAAGUGAAAUAAUGUCUCAAGGAGCGAUUCGAACUCAGUGCUAUUCAAAAAUUCAGAAGCUAGAAAAAUCGGUCUCUGACAAAAUAAUGAGAGUAUUCAAUCUAGUUAAAGAUUUGCCGGCGAAAGAACGAAACAUUGAGUCGAAGAUAUUAAAUGAGAUAUUACAAAUUAGGCCCAGACGCCCAGCCUCCAAUGAAGUAAUUGAAAUACCUGAUGAUGAUGAUGAUGAUGAUGAAUAUAACAUUCCAUCGCCAGCUACACCAACCGAGGCUGAUGCAAGCAAAACAAUCAAGCCGAAGCUGCCUGCAGAUAAUAUAAAUCCGAUUGAGAGUGAGCAGAUAAUCCUAAUUAGGUCUGACGAUGAAGAAGAUUCAAGUGCAAUGAACGUUGCAUCAACUGCGAUUAGUCCAAACGAGAAGGCAAUGAUUUCUGAAUCGACUCCUACAGCGUUCUACAAUCUUAGAUUGGCAGAUCCUCUCAAUGACCACCAAACAGCCAAUUUGCAACACGUGGAUGCUAAUAUUGAUAAUUUGCCGAUAAUAAUCGAUGUUAGGACAGUUACCGAAACAGACGAUGAAAGUGAUGAAGGUGUAAAGUGACGUGAUCAUUGUGCAGAUUAAAAGGAACAAUGAAAACUAUUCCAAAGUUAGAUUUUGAAUCAAGUAUAAGUAAUAAUAAUGCAUCUUGUUUAUGACUCCUAAAUGAUGCCACUUGGUACAAAAUGAGUAUUGCUGUGAUUUAGUUUUAAUGCUUGGCUACUCUACAGUAUGGGCCAUGACGAAGCCUUCUCUUCACCCUCAAUAUAGAAUGCGUGGCUCUUAUCGUAGAGGAUCCAUAACUCCUAACUGUUUGUGUUGCAUUGAUUCUUUAUGAGUGUUUAAUUUAUUUUCGCCCUCAUUAAAGUGUUACCAUUUC